AUGUCUGGCUGGGGGUUGGGUGGUUGGUUUGGCGGCAACUCGGCUGCGAAGAAAGAUGCCCCAAAGAAGGCCAUUCUGCAGCUGAGGAGUACUCUCGAGAUGCUGAACAAGCGUGAGAAGCACUUGCAGAAUCAAAUGGACGAGGAGGACCAGAAGGCCAGGAAGUUCAUCAACACAAACAAGACUGCUGCCAAGAACGCCUUGCGAAAGAAGAAGCAACUCGAGACAACCCUGGAGCAAACGUCGGCUCAGAUCAUGAAUCUCGAGGGUCAGAUUGCCAGCAUCGAGACGGCAAACAUCAACAAGGAGACUCUCGACGCUCUUGGCAACGCUUCCAAGGCCAUGAAGUCGAUUCACGGCGACUUGACAAUCGACAAGGUCGAUGCUACCAUGGAGAACCUCGAGGAACAGCACGCCAUCAGCAAGGAGAUUGCCAGUGCUCUCACUCAAGGCUCCAUGGCAAAUGCUGUUGAUGAUGACGAGCUCGAAUCCGAGCUUGCAGACCUUCAACAAGAAGAGUUGGACAACACAAUGCUCAAGACUGGCACCAUGCCUGUACACGACCAAGUCCAUCGCAUGCCGAGCGUCAACAACACCGAACCAAGAGGCAAGGCACCUGUACAAGAAGAAGAAGACGACGAAGAGGCCGAGCUUCGGAGACUACAGGCUGAGAUGGCCAUGUGA